AUGAUGAACCGGGUGCUGACAGUGCCUGCCUCCCGUCUCCGCCAACACCUUUCGCGACCCGCGUCGAAGACCGUCGUUUCUCCCGAUCAAGUUAACAGCGAGACGUUAUGGCGUUACCAAAUCCUCGAUCCAAACGGGGAAGUCGUGACUCGAUGGAACCAUUUUUUUCUGGUGAUGUGCCUCGUUUCUCUGUUCAUAGAUCCUCUCUAUUUCUACCUACCUUACGUCGGUGGAGACACCUGCAUGACCACCGAUAACGCGGCGGCGAUCGCGAUUAAUACGUGGCGUUCUCUUGCGGAUGUUUUUUUUGUAUUACAUAUUAUCAUGAAGUUUCGAACGGCGUUUAUUGCGCCAAGCUCUAAGGUUUUCGGCAGGGGCGAACUUGUGAUGGACAAGCGUCAGAUUGCCAGGCGAUAUUUGAGGUCUGAUUUCGUCAUAGAUGUGGCCGCUUCUCUUCCAUUACCUCAGAUAGUUAACGAGCUCAUCAUACCAGCAACGAAACGGAACAACAAAGAUCAUGCUAAUAAUACACUAUCUCUUAUCGUUCUUAUUCAGUAUAUUCCUAGAUUGUUUGUCAUUUUUCCACUAAAUCAGCGGAUUAUAAAAUCUACAGGCUUUGUAGCUAAGACAGCCUGGGCAGGAGCUGCUUACAAUCUCCUUCUUUACAUGCUUGCUAGUCAUGUUCUUGGAGCUUCAUGGUAUUUGAUGUCUAUAGGGCGCCAGCAUUCUUGCUGGCAACAAGGAUGUAAAGAGGAGAUGGCAUCAAAAGUCUGUAUAAGUUUUUUGGAUUGUAACAGUGUAGAUCAACCUGAACGCAAAAAAUGGCUUCAAUCCACAAGUCUGAGAACUCUAUGUGAUGCUAGCAAUGAAACUUCUCCUUUUAAAUUCGGAAUGUUUGCCGAUGCUUUUACAAGCGAAGUUGCUUCAUCAAAGUUCUUCGAGAAGUAUUUAUAUUGCCUUUGGUGGGGUUUAAGAAAUUUGAGUUCAUAUGGACAGAAUCUGGAAACAAGUAUCUAUAUUGGUGAGACGUUGUUCUGCUCCACCAUAUGUAUUGGGGGCUUAAUUCUGUUUGCCCAACUGAUAGGAAACAUGCAGACGUACUUGCAAUCGAUGACGGUGAGACUUGAAGAAUGGAGGAUCAAGAAAAGAGAUACAGAGGAAUGGAUGCGGCAUCGACAAUUACCUCCAGACUUACAGGACCGAGUUCGGAGGUUUGUUCAGUAUAAAUGGCUGGCAACUAGAGGAGUUGAUGAAGAGUCCAUUUUGCAGUCUUUACCCAUUGAUCUCCGUCGUGAAAUCCAACGCCAUCUAUGCCUUAAUCUUGUUCGCCGAGUACCUUUCUUCUCACAAAUGGACGAUAACCUUCUCGAUGCCAUCUGCGAAAGACUUGUUUCAUCCUUAAGCACACAGGGAACGUACAUUGUUCGUGAAGACGAUCCCGUAAGUGAAAUGUUGUUUAUUAUCAGAGGACAAUUGGAAAGCUCGACAACUGAUGGCGGAAGAUCGGGGUUUUUCAAUUCCAUCACCCUCCGACCCGGCGACUUCUGUGGCGAAGAACUACUCACAUGGGCCUUGCUCCCUAACCCCACCAACUACCCGUCUUCCACAAGAUCCGUCCGAACCCUCACCGAAGUCGAAGGCUUCGCAUUGCAAGCCGAAGAUCUCAAAUUCGUUGCCAACCAAUUCAAGUAUCUUCAUAGCAAGAAGUUGCAACAUGCAUUUCGGUACUACUCGCACCAAUGGAGGACAUGGGGUGCGUGUUUUUUACAAGCCGCUUGGCGAAAAUACAAGCGAAGAAAGCUCGCGAAGGAGCUCGCCCUCCAAGAAAAUGCCUACUAUCUUCAGGAAAGCGACGGGGAUGGUUACUAUUACGAGUCCGACAGCAGUGCUGGUUCGCCAUCUAGUGAAGGUCCGGGUGGUGGCAGUCAACCGAUCGGAGUUGGAGCGACCAUUUUGGCGUCAAGGUUUGCUGCAAGUACGAGAAAGGGAAUCGGUCAUCGGAAAGUGGCUUCGGUUGAUUCGACUACUAGUCUUAAGAUGCCUCAGUUGUUUAAACCAGAUGAGCCUAAUUUCUGA